AUGCAGAAUCCGUUCGCGAAUAAUACCCCUUCAUCUUCUCCAGUAAAACGGGCACCAGGCCAAAGUGGUAGGGUUGUGAAGAGACCUGCUUCUUCGUCGACUACGCUAUCUAAUUCAUCUUCAAGCUCAUCACUGCUAGCUUCACCUGUAAGACGACCUAGAUCUUCUUCAUCUGGAGGGUCUACAGCGUUUGCGGAUCGAUUUAUACCGAAUAGAACUGAAAUGGACUUGAAUACAGUGAGUUCUAUUAGAUCUAACCCGAAUAUACCGAUCUUCAAGCCAUCUAGUGGGUCGGAUAACCGUCUUGAGUGGGAGAGGGAACGUCAGGCGCAUCACACUUUUGAUAUUGUGCUAAAGAAUGAGCUUUUUGGAGAGCUGAUAAAUACGGAUUCGAACAGUGGUGAUAAUAUAUCAAGGAUCCAGUACUCUGAAUCUUUAGAAAGACCUUCGACACCUCCUAGCGGGCUGAGAGAUGGAGAAGGGGAUACUGAUGAGGAUGAGGACCAGGAAUUGCAUCAAACGACGACUUCAGAGCCUCUAUUUCCGACGACUCCGAGGAGAAGUCAUAAUACAAGCUUCAUAAAUAAUGACCAUUCACAAAGGCCAACUUCAAACACGACAAAGGGUGUCAGUUUAUUCAGUUAUGGAUCCCGUUCGCAAAAUAGUAGGAACCACUCGUCGAAUAUGGAUUUGGGACUCAAUCAGUAUCUUCAAUCGCUGUCUCCCAUGAGACCUGAGUCUCAAAAGUUGCUUCAAUCACCUGGUAAAAAAUUCAGAGAAAUAGCAAAGGUACCAUAUAGAGUGCUUGAUGCACCUUCUUUGGCUGAUGACUUUUACUAUGAUUUGAUAGAUUGGUCAAGUACGGAUGUGCUUGCUGUUGCACUUGGGAAGUCGAUUUUCCUUUCGGAUAACGCUACAAAUAGUGUUACACAUUUGGCUACAUCUGAGACAGACUUCACCAGCUUAAGCUGGGUCGACUCGGGAUCACACCUUGCUGUCGGAUUGUCAAGUGGGAUCGUCGAAAUCUACGAUAUUUUGAAGAAUAAAUGUAUCCGUACUCUAUCCGGGCACGUUGAUAGAGUCGCAUGUCUAGGCUGGAAUCAUCAUGUCUUGACCAGUGGUUCAAGAGAUAGAAAAAUCCUGCAUAGGGAUGUGCGAGCACCAGAACCAUUCUUCGAGCAGAUCGAUACACAUUCGCAGGAAGUUUGUGGCUUGAAAUGGAACGUUAAUGAGAAUAAGCUAGCAUCCGGGGGCAAUGAUAACACUGUUUUCGUUUAUGAUGGUACUCUACGACAGCCGUUACUAUCUAUAGAAGAGCAUACAGCUGCUGUGAAGGCUUUGGCUUGGUCGCCACAUACAAGAGGGGUCCUAGCUACUGGCGGUGGUACAGCAGACAAGAAGUUGAAGAUAUGGAGCGUUUCAAAAGCUGUUAAAUUGAACGAAGUGGAUACCGGAUCGCAAUUGUGUAAUAUGCUUUGGUCAAAGAAUACAGACGAGAUAAUUACCUCCCAUGGAUACUCAAAGUAUAACUUAACACUUUGGAAUUACCCAACUCUAGAACCAAUGGCCGUUUUGAAAGGUCACAGUUUCAGAGUUUUACAUCUAACGUUAUCAGCGGACGGCACUACUGUAGUAUCAGGUGCCGGGGAUGAAACGUUGAGAUACUGGAAACUUUUUGACAAACCAAAGGCUAGAGGCUACCAGGAAUCUCUGAUAAGUAAUGCAUUCAAUACCCUCAGGUGA